UCCUCUGCUCGACCUUCCCCGUUCCCCAAUCCAUCGGCCCCCUCGACCAGCAGCAACCCGGAGCGCAAGCCCUUCUCCCACGCCCGCGUUCCCGAGGAAACCCACGAGGUUGCGCCUCCUCGUCCCGCACCUCUGCCUCGCUGGUGGUCGCCGUCCACCCAAACAGGAGUAGCAAGCCGAACCAGUGCCCUCUCCCUCGGUCCCUACUGCCCGUCUUUUCUUCUCCAGCUCUCUCUCUCACAUCGCUCUCUCUCUCUCUCUUGCAGGAGCUUCUCUCGUCAGUCAUGGCGCCUGCAGGAACAAGUUCGCCGCCGCCAGAACCUUGCCUCGCCGUAUCCACUGCCCACUGUCAAGAAUUGGUUCCCGUCGGUCUCACCCCGCAUCCGAUGGUCGUCCUGCCGUCUUUUGUCGCUGGAAGCACCACCGCUGCGCCCUACUUAUUCCUCCUCCUCGAAGAGAUUCCUCAGCGUCGGAGCUCUCUGCUGCUCGUCAAGCCAACCACCGCCGGAGGCCUCACCGGCUACCAGGGGCCCUGCCUCGUGCGCCCGCGCAAGGAUACAAGCGCUCUCCUCCCCGAGCAGGAUGAACACCUCCAGGCUGCUUCUCGUUCUGUCCAGGAUCGAGGACGAACACGCGCCGCUCGCCCGUUGACCGCUGCCUUGCUCGUGGCCCAGAUCCACUGCGGGCCAGCACGUCCAGGCCGCCCCAUCGCCCUGGUGGGCCUCGCAUUGACCUCUCUCAGCGCCAAGGCCCAGUCGCCGUGCCUUGCUGCAGCCUUAGCCCACCAGCCUUAGCCCACCAGAUCCGCUGGCCCAAGGCCCGCGAGGUGAGCACCAGCCACCCCAUCCCUGUUUGCUUAUGUGACGACCUGGGCGCUGAAUAUUAUCCUACGCUCACUCAAUUUCGGCACGUGUAUGUUUUUUUUCAUCUCCUGGGUUUUGCUAAUUAGUCUAGUAAAACAGUUUUACAAAAAAGUCCCUCUAGAUCAUGCAUUUAACUACUCACAAACGAUGCAUCAUAUUUAAAUGAUUUAUAUAUGAAACUAGCUUAGAAUUUUGUCUAGUUUAAUAUUAUUCAACUUUCGCCCAUGUUUAAAAUUCUUAAAGUGUUGUUUGCUUAAAUUUGCUUAAAUAACUUGUUAAAAUGAUUUAAUUCAUAACUAAAUAAAC